AUGACGGUGGCGCAGCGCUAUGCGCUCAUGAAGGCCAACGUCGAGGGCCUCAAGCCGCUCCAGGUCGGCAUCGCCGUCUGCGACCACCAAGGCCAGCAGGUCGCCUGGGAGUUCAACCUCCGCGACUUCUGCCGCCUCACGGACCCGCACGACCAAAAGGUGCUCAUGGGCUCCGGCCUCAUCGGCGCAGGACACAUGCGGCCGCUGUCGUGGAUCACCUACGUCGGUGCCUACUACGUAGCGUACCAGCUCAAGAUCGUCAUUGGCGGCAUGCAGUAUUAA